AUGGGCAGCAAAAGAAAGAAAAGGCAGGAACGGGAUAAGUGCACGAUGUUAGUGUUAAAGGAGCAAUUAUCUCCAACACCAAGAAUGGGUUGCAAAUCAAAUCAUGGUAGAGCGCUUGCAAGGCAGGCUUAUGAAGUUGUGGAACUGUUUUUGAUAUCAAUGAGGGAGCAUGGAUACCCAGAAUUGAGGCCAUUGCUUUGUAUUGGUGGUGUUGAUAUGCGGUCACAAUUGGAAGUUGUGAAGAAAUGUGUUCAUAUUGUGGUUGCUACACUUGGGAGGUUGAAGGACAUGCUUGCUAAAUGA